AUGUCUACGUUUUCGUACGCACAAGCCGCCAAGGGCGUCUCCGGGACACCGAGCCCGUCCAAGGCACCAUCAGAAUCAGAGAAGACCGAGUCCAAACUGGAGGAGCAGACUCCUGCUGAGACUACAACGGAUGUCACACCAGCCCCUACCGAGCCUGAGGCCUCUCAAAAACCCGAGCUCGUCGCGGAGGAGUCCAAGGAUGAUGACUUCACCACUGUCACCAGCAAGCAUGCCGCCAAGUCGAAGGCUAUCCACUCUCGAACAUCAAGCCCCAGUGUUCGCACAGCUUCAAAGGCCCGCAAGUCAAAGGAGGAUGACUCAAAUACCCCUAAUGGCAAUGCAGAUGCCACCGCCGAGAAACAGGCUCCUAAGGAGGGACAGACCGAGAAGGCCGAAGGUGCCGCAGAGAAAUUAACCGAAAAAUCCGAGGAUUCCGAGAAGACCGCACCACCGCCAAAGGAGCUGAAGGCUGCUCCUCUUCCCUCAGUCAACAUCUGGCAACAGAGAAGGGAGGCCCAGGACGCCAAGGCUAAGGCUGCCCCCAAGCCCUCUACCAACAAGGCCGCCUCCGACAAGGACGCCUCGACUGCCGAUGAAGCCCAAGACUCAAAGACCGGCUCCAAGAAGAAGGGUGGCGAUAGCACACAAGAAGGUGCCAAGGAUCGCAAGAAGACCGAAGGUGGAAAGGGACGUGAUGCCGGUAAGAUCGCUGCCUUUCACGUGCGACGCCUGUCAACCAUGCCAUCCGACUUUGUUCGGUUGGACAUGCGUGAUGUCCCUUCAGUAGAGGAUGCCACCGCCUGGCCUACUCCCCAAGUUGCACUCGGCGAAGAGAAGAAAAAAGCCCACGAGAAGACCGACAAGAGCCCCGUCAUCAGACCCCACGGAAAGGAGAAGUGGACCCCCGUUCCUUACGUUCCCACCGCCGUUUUCAACACCCCGCUUCCAUCCGCCGGCGCGCGUGGAGGCAGACGCGCCACCCGUGGUGGCCGUGACAGUGGCCGUGGAGCUCAUGGUAAUGGUGCCGCUGCCACCGACAAGGCUGCCUCUGGACAGGCCGCUCAAGGCGUGAAGCAGACAUCCGGAGAGCGAGGACGCCAGGAGUCAGGCACCGGACGUGCUGCCUCCCUUCCUGCGCAGUCGAGACGGUCUAACAGCACCGACGCUGCUGCUGCAACUGAUGCACGUAAGACUUCCCAGGCACCCGAGCGAAGCCGCGCAGCUCGCAAUGGCGAGGACAACACGUCUGGCAAGCAGGUGAAUGGCGGAGAGAACGUUCCCCGCUCACAACGCGAGGGAAAGCCUUUCGGAAGAAACCAGGAUGCUCGCGCAGGCAACCAGAAGGGCGGAAGCUUGGCUGUUGACUCUCAGGCUGCGGCCCGUAACAACGACCGUCGCUUCGAAGCUGGAUCGAAGUCUGCUGAUCCCACUGGCUUCAAUGACCUCAACCGGGAACGCGGUGAAUUCCGCUCUGAGCGUGGAGGUCGCGGAUCCAACCGCGGCCGUGGCGGCCCUUACUCCAACUUCGGCGGCCAGAACGCCCAGUUCAAUGCGUCUAUGUCCAACAACUCAUUCGGUUCCUCCAAGGCCUUCUUCAACGAUCGUCAGCGGUCACAGCAGCAUGGUCUUGCCAAUGGCUCUCAACAAAACCGUAUGCCCCUCCGAUCGCCCUCUUUGCCCACCUCUGGAAAUGUGUAUGGUGGUGUUUAUGCUUUCCCAGGUGACAUCAACACAAUGUAUGGCUACCAGGCUGUGAACCCGGCACCGAUGAGUGCUAUGCCCUACCAACAAUACAUGGAGCCCUUCUCGCUCAUGAGCAUGCUGUCCAUGCAAUUGGAGUACUACUUCUCGGUCGACAACAUGUGCAAGGAUAUGUUCCUCCGGAAACAGAUGGAUUCUCAGGGCUUCGUGCCUCUUAACGUGCUUGCCAGCUUCAAGCGUGUGAAGUCUCUCACCGAGGACUUUGAACUCCUUCGCCACGUGUCCCGUCAGCUUCGCAACGUUGAGUGCCAAACCGGUGAGGACGGCAUCGACCGUCUGCGUCCCAGAGAAAAGUGGCAACAAUGGGUCCUCCCCGUGGACCAGCGUGAACCCGCCGCGCAGUAUGACGGCACUGUCCCUGCUGGAAAGACCGACGAAAACACACCGAUUACUAGCCACACCGAGACCGCCAUCAACGGAUCCGCUCGCCAGUUCGUUCCCAAUGGAGUUGCCGAUGGCCCCAAGACUUCGCUUUCGUCUACCGCCCCAGAAUUCAUGCCCUCAAUGCCCACCGCAGUGAACGAAAUUGCCAAUGUAGGAUACCCCCUGGAUCACCCAAACUCCCCUGAUGACUCGACAAUGUCCUUUUUUUCAUCGUCUUCCUCCUUUCCCAUGGACAGUUCAAUUAUUGACACAUCUUAUUCAGCGUGCGGAUUAGAUUCGCAGUCCGAGCCCCCUUUCCUGUCUGAUUUGGAAUCUGUGGCGCCCCCGAUGAGUUAUGAUGCAGAAUAUUUCCCAUACCAACCUGGCGGUGCUGAUUGGUUGAUGAGUCAGUAUCUCGCCAAAGCACAUCAACCGCCCAAGUCAAAGGGAAAGGCCCGUUCGUUCCAAGAAACGUCCAAUCAUGUCCCAAAAACUUCCAAUAUGUUUCACAAUCAAAAUUUCAAAGGCCGAGGUCAAUCGAUGGCCAGAAGGUAUAGCCCGUCUAUGCCCUACCACUUCUGGUCAUUGAGCUUGACCAACAGCUUGAAAACCCAUUUCGACUCGCACUUGUACAAUGAAUUUAGGCGCUCAGCCCUUGAUGAUCUUCUUACACGACACGUUGACAAAGGUUUCAACGAGCUCAUGCAAUUUUAUCGGAACUGUCUGCUGCACCGUUGCUCUGUUCCUGACUCGGUGAUGUGUGACAUGUACCAUCUUUCACAAGAGGAAAGCUCGCACCAUCAUACUCUUGUCUUGAAUAUGAUCCGUGGAACUAUUGCCAGUGGACAGAUGAAAUCAUACAAUCAGCGAAAAGCCAGCAAAUAUUUCAAUACCCAGCACGGCACGCCUGGAGAAAAGUUAUCAUGA